AUGACAAAUCGAGGCUUUUUACUUCGAAAAAUUAAUGGAAAAUUUGAAAGAAUUCAAUCAAAUUGUCCACAUCAUGGUUGGGUUGAUAUAUCCUCUCUAUACGUCACAUCAUCUCGUGUUACGUCCUCUCUCCAUGGAUUCUCACAAAAAAGUAUCUAUCGAUUGAGAUUAUCAAAGUUGUCAAUCAUUUCUAAAUCAACUCGAUCAUUUGUAUUGAACAAACUAAUGACAAAGUUUGGUCCUACCGAAAACCAAGGACAAUUGUUGGAAUUCAAUGACAAACCAUUCAUCAAAAAAAUUAAAAGAUUAUCGACCACCAUUGCAAAUCCAGUUUAUUCAUUGAUUUUGGAUACCAAACCAAAUCAACUGACUAUCCCGGAUCUUUUUAAAGAUAUAAAGAGCAUCAAACUACCAACCAUUCAAAUCAACAUAGAUUUUCCAUUCAAAAAUCCUAAAAAAUGUUGA